AUGAAGCUGCUUGCUGCAGCGCUUCCAGAGGACCACCCUGGCCUCAAGGUGGCUAACUCAAGAAUCGACCACUAUCUUGACCUGAUCGAGCAACGCUUGAGCCAAUCGAAAUUCCUCGUUGGCGAUGAGCUCACUGCCGCCGACAUUCAGAUGGUCUUUCCGCUUACAACACAGAGGGCCUUCGUACCAAUCGACCUCAACGCCUACCCCAACAUUCUAAGGUACCUGAAAGAGAUUGGAGAGAGACCUGCAUACCAAAAAGCCUUUGAGAAGGGCGAAACGACGCUGAAACCGAUGCUUGAUGCCAACCCCAAGUCUAUCUACAAUUUUUGA